AUGUCGAGCGCCGCGGUUGUCGCUGCGGGACGUGAUGCUUCCUCCCAGCGUCUGGGCUUCUGUCAGCGCUGCGGCGACCCGAUCUCGGGCAAGGUGCGCUGCAGCAGGUGUGGCGGCACCAGCAAGGAACCUCGCAUUUCCUCGAUCCAGGCACUCCCCGCAGCGAAAAAGGUCGACCAUUGGGCAAGUCGAUACGUCAACGCCAGGUCCGGUCUCGCUGCAGCCGACGAUCUCGACGAAUACACGCAUGAUCAGCCACCGCUCUCGCCCAAGCGCGCGAGUUUCGACCCAGCCUUGGGAUUCGGUAUGCCCUCGCGCAUCUCUCGUGACCUGCGCACUUCUGGCCCCAAGCCCGAUACGCGCAGCGCUGCGCACGACUCUACCAGGCUAAGCCCCGCACUCACCGACGAUGCGCCGAGGCGGGAAAGUCAGGACUACACCGCGCCCGUCCUCAAGGGCUCCGACGGUGUGCUGUCCAAGGUGUGCGGCUCGCUCGUCGAGCCGAGCGAGUCGCGCAAUCGGUGGGCGUGCGCCGACUGCGCAGCCGUCUUCGCACGCGACUCGACGCUCUACGCCGCACCCGCCUCGCUCCCCUCUCCCGACGCCGCAUACUAUUGUCGAGACUGCUACGCGCGGCGGUACAGCCUCGGCGCCUGUGCAGCGUGUGACCGCGACGUGCUCGGAUCCACCAAAGAAGACGGCAAGUACGUCAAGUCCACCACCGGUAUCUGGCACGGAAGAUGCUGGAAGUGCUCGACGUGCGAUAAGCGCACCCAGGACGGUGUCGAGGUGCUUGUUGGCAUGGACGGUAAACCGACGUGCGAAGGAUGCUUUGAUCGUCCACGACGUGCGCCCUUCGCCGAACCUGCUCCACAGCGUACUGAGGCUCUGCCGGAUGUGCGUAGGCUCAGCCGCACCGCCAAUAGGAACGGCGCCAUGGGGGCGACCAUCGCCGAGCUGACGAAAAAGCUCGGCCAGCAGACGGUAGCUUCCCCGCGCAUGGCGGCGAGUCGUUCGGGAUCCAACACUUCGUUGCUCCAGUCGUCGUCGUCGUCCAAGAGCUCGCUCGAUGCACCCGUGUCUCCCGCCGCUGCGCAGGGUGUUUUUGGCGCCGCGAAUACAGUGGGCAUGUCAAGAUCGGGGAGCUUGAGCGGUAGCCCGCCCAAGCCACGUCCGCUUACGGCGCAGUUCCGCGACGGCCUCAACCUCGCUGCGUUCCAGCCGUCGUUCGGCGUGGAUGCGGAGCGCGUCCAUCGACGCGACUCGCGCAGCCGCAGCGUAAGCCCCGUCAAGCGACCUGACUGGCGCACGACGUCGCCCACCUCGCCCGCGGUGGGUGCAGACGCAGAAAAGACCGGCUGCAAGGUGCCUGGUAGUCCUGCCGCCCCCGUAGCAUCCGUCGGUACGGGCUUUCCGCGUCCACUCAACUCUCUCCGCAAUGUCGAGCUUACCGAGCCGCUGGAGGGCGAGAAACACUCGCGUGCGGAUGCGCUCGAGCCGGCCGAGGGCAGUGUGCGCUGUGCAGCGUGUGGGCAACUGCCCUUGCACCACGCCACGGACGAGGUUGUUAUGGUUACCCUGCCGGAAGAGGUGCACCUGCAUGCCGACUGCUUCCGCUGUGCGGUAUGUUCCGACACAAUUGAUGGGAGCAAGACCUUCGUGCGUGUCGACGAAGGGUAUGCACCACAUGCGCCCGGACUGAAGGCGUAUGCGCAUCCACACUGCUCGCCUACCGUCCAGCUGCGCAUCGUCCAACGCGGUGCAGAGACCGAGGGCGAGGGGGGGCAGAGGAGCUAUCGGGCAAGUUUGGAUCCGAACGCGGGUCGAAGCCAUGCAACUCACCAGCGUGAACUGAAACCCAGCCCAGUUCCUUCACCUGCCACCUCUCUUCGCGAUAAACCCAUCCCUCGUCCAACCGUUCUUCCCGCACCCAACAACCCCGGUAGUGGUAGUGGUGAAGGUCGACGAUUCCAACCCACCGCAGGAGCAGCACCACCGACACGAUCCACCAUCCUCACCACGCCUCGAGGCGCAAAUCCGGCGGCUGGGAUAUUCUCGCGCAUGUCAGCUCUCUCCUCUGCCUCCGGCAACCCUCUCACCCUUAGCACGGACCGCAAGUUCGGAGGGAUGCAGUGCUGUGCGUUUUGUGGGGACAAACUGUCCUCGCUCGAAUCGGUACUUGGCCCACGGGGGACGCAGUGGCAUAAAGCGUGCCUCGUCUGCAGAGGUACCCCUCCCCCAGCUAAGGACGUGUGGUCUUAUCGCAGCCAGCCCAAGACUUGCGGAAAGAAACUCGAUAGCGGCGCAAAGGUCAAUGCGCACGGAGAGGUCAGGUGCCGCGAAUGCUUCGACCGCGAAUCCGCCGCCUUCCGAAUCACCUAG